AUGUUGAAGAAAGCCUUCGGUGACGAGACGUUGUCCGGUAGAAAUGUUUACAAGUGGCACAAACAAUUCAAAGAAGGCCGAGAAAGUGUUGAAGAUGAAGAGCGUUCGGGACGACCAUCAACAUCAACUAAUGUGAAACACGUCAAACAAAUCAAAGAUCUUGUGCUCAAAAAUCGUCGAUUGACAAUUAGAGACCUCAUUGAUAUUACUGGCAUUUCAUUUGGGUCGAUUCAAACAAUUUUGAAAGAACAUUUAAAUCUCCGUCGUUGUGCAGCUCGAUUGGUACCAAAAACAUUGAAUUUGUUCGAAAAAGAGCGUCGUGUUAAUGUGUAUCAAGAAAUGAUUUCUGACUAUGAAACUGUCAUGGAACGCAUCAUUACUGGCGAUGAGACUUGGAUUUAUGCGUACGACCCAGAAAUAGCAAAUCAAUCAAGCGAAUAUCGUGCCAAAGGUGAACCAAAACCGAAAAAAUCACGUCAAAGUCGUUCAAAAAUCAAAGUCAUGUUGACAGUUUUCUUCGAUUAA